AUGUCGCACACGACCAGUAGCAACACCCCUACUCUGCCACAAGCCGUCCAAGAACGGGGCUCUCUUCGCACGCUAGAGAAGGGCAAGAGUCAAUUCAUUGGCAGCUCCAGUGGGAUCUAUUUCGUAAACACAGUCCGACGAGCCUUCGUGAACGCCAACUCGCGGCUGUCGUCUCGUCUUCUCGAUACCACGCACCCGACUCCUGAGGAGUGCAUCGUUGCGGACGGCGAGGAUGAACAGCAAAGACCCGACGCGGAUGCCUCUUUACUGCCGUCUUCCUUUUCUUACGGCCAUGGGAUACCCGCUGGACUUGGCAGACCGCCUCAACCGGACGUUGCAAAACAGCUGUUCAUGACGUAUUUUCAGACGUGGCAUCGCUUCUUCCCCUUUUUACACGGUCCGAGUAUCCUCAAGAAUAUGGAGGAUUUGUACAGUUCUUUUGACCUGAAUGGCACGGCAUCAGAGCCCAUCACUCCGAGGGUCCCAAUAACACUUCCAAAAGUAGUUAUUCUGCAGUGUAUAUUCAACCUCGCAAGCCUGCAUAACAGCAGCCAUCUGCCUGUCGCAUCCGAGAUCCAAAAGCCUACCGAUCUUCUCUCCUAUCUCCCCAGCCUUGCAGUCAAGGGAGAUCUUGUUUCUAUCCAAGCGCUUUUUGCCGCUGGUCUCCUCCUGGUAGCUCGCAUGUCGCUCCGUGCAGCCUCGGUUGUCAGUGGUCUUUUAUCCCGCGCUGUCUUUCUGGCAGGGCUUCAUCGGUGUCCUUGCCGUUACGGAAAGCUUACGGCGGAUGAAUGCGAUAUUAGGAAAAGGCUGUUCUGGAGUAUCUAUGUCUUUGAUCGAUAUCUCUCUCAGGCUCUUGGACACCCGUUAGGAAUCCAAGACUCUGAUAUAGAUGUCUGUCCUCUGGGUGGACCUGAGCUUCACCAUCCUCUGCUCUAUCCGACUGUCCCUUCAAGUCAUAGUGGCGUGGCUUCACCCUUUUCUGGGCUCUCAGCGAUGUCCGUGGAUGCCACGAUCACGGGUCGACAAAGUGAAACGGGUCUCGGCAGGGCAACAAUCGAGGAUGAAUCUAGUCAGAAGCAGAAUCGCCAUUCGAGCUUAUCAUUUCAGGUCCAAUAUUCGCGUCUGCUUGGUCGCGCCCUGGAACUCUUCCACAAAUCUCUUCACAUUCGAUCCAUUGACAGCGGGUCAAUCCUCUCACUUCAAACAGACAUAAACGCACUCUGGAAUGCACUACCUUCAUCUCUACAAGAAUUCGAUCCCUCCUUUUGUGAUACUACUGACAGAAACCAAAGUCAGGUUUUCAAUGAGUCAGCGCACUUCAUCCUACUUCACAGCCAAUUAGUACUCCUAAUCCAUCGUCCCAGGCUGUCUCUAGAGCCAUCCACACCAGAGUUUCAAUCUGCCAUCCAAAUCUGCAUUAGCGAAGCGCGAGAGAUUAUCAAGAUCACAAGCAAGCAGCACAAUGCAGGGUAUGCGCUCUUCUGGCCGGGCUAUCUCUCUGUUACGUGGAUGGCUGGAAUCGUUCUGGCCUUUGCAUGCCAACUGCGGCUCUAUUCAGCGGAGAAAGGCAAAAGGGAGAUUGGUAUGUGCCUUGACGCCUUACUUCAUAUGUCCGAGCGAUGGAAGCUUGCAAAGAAUUGUCAUGCUGUUCUGUCUGACCUUGCAGAGGCUAUCCAGGAGAUGGAGCAUAUUGCGAAGAGACCGGCAUUUGAUACCUCAGACUCUACCUUCGAUUCUGUACAUUCAGGUAGGGACUCGGUAUCUUCUGCUAUGAAUUAUCAAAACGAUUCCAGAAAAAGAGCAAGGCUAGAUACAGAAUCAAGCCAAAGAAAUGAUGGAUCUGCUCAGCCUUCCAUUCAAUUUCCUGCGGAUAUCGUCAAUACGUCCAUGGACGAGCCACCGGGCAGCAGCUUUGAGCCUAACAAUGGCACGGGUCCGACAAUUGAGGACGACUUUCAAUAUUUUGGUGAUCCAGGCAGAAUAAUUAACUGGGAGAGCGGAAUGCCAGACCUGUUGGCCGGCAUUACGUGGGAAUCACUGCUGGGAGGUAUUAAUGAGGAUGAUCCUACCUGGGAUAGUGCCUUUUUCUGA